AGCAACUAGGGGGCAAGCAUUCCAGUGCUUGAUUGAGCUCGCCGUCGGACGCCGUCCACCGUUGUCAGCUCGUCGGCAAGCUUUGAAGACGGUUCGAACCCUAGGUCUUUGUCUUCUCCCAAAAUCCGAGAUAGGUCGAGUCAUGGCAAUGAACCAUGCCCGGUUGGUAAGAGGCAUCCUUGUUAGCAAGGAGGCUGUUGGAGUUGCGUCCCAUCGAACGUUUGCUACUGGUAAGGCAAAGAAAGGAUCUAAAGGGGGUGCUGCAACUGAUGCACCAAAAGCGUCAACACUCAGCAAAGAAGUCAAGUCAACUACGGUAGUUGGUGCCAACAUCCUCAAGGAUGGAGCAGAUCCGAAGAUACUGCCUGAUUCUGAAUACCCUGAUUGGUUGUGGCACCUGCUUGAUAAACGCCCAGCAUUAAGUGAAUUGAGAAGGAAGAACAUUGAAACACUCCCUUAUGCAGAUCUGAAACGCUUUGUCAAGCUGGACAACCGAGCUAGAAUCAAAGAGAAUAACUCUGUCAAGGCCAAGAACUGAUCUUAAAGUAGGAUAAACAGAAAACAGAGUAAGGAUGUCAUUUCUUUAAGUACUGUAAAUCUGUCUUCAGGGAUUUGUCAUUUGAUGAACUUUCAUUUAUAGAGAUUGUAAUGUAUGGAAAACAUAAAAUGAACACAUGCUUUAACGAUGCCUUCAUUUUAUUUUCUAUUCUGAAUCUCACUUUA